GCAGCAGCUACUCCACUAAUCAAAAUGGAAGAUCUUGCCACUCCUCUUCCACUACAACUUCCACAAAAAUGCGUGUUUUACAACUCCAAAUGCAGAAAAAACAAAAGGGUAUAUCUCUAUAUAUUAAUAUUAUAUAUAUAUGAACUAAGAGACAAUGUGGAGGAGAAAAAAAAGAGAGAAACUCAAAACCCUUCAACAAGACCAAAACUUUUGAAGAAGAGAUUAAGCCCUUGGUCUGCUGUUAUCACUGGUUCAAUGGAUUACAACAUCCUCCACAUCACCUCGCACCUUCUCCGACGAAGCUCACCGCCAAUACCUUUGGCAACCCCUUCUCUGUCACCGCCAAUAAGGCUAAUCGACCGUGUUGCUUCCUGGGUGUCGACGACGACGACGGUGAGAUUCGUCGUCGGAGGUGCGACGGGCUUCGAGAAGGACAUUAGGAUUGUCCCCAUCGUCAUCGUCGGCGUUGGGCUCAAUCGCAAGCCCGAUUUGACCAUCAAAACUUGAACCCACGAGAUCCUCCAGAUCAAGAACAAGCUCGCCGCUAAUAACGAUAAAUCUGAAUCGCCCAAAAUAUGGAUCCAUCCAACCCUCGCAGUCUCACACUUGCUUGGUUAGAUUUUAUUAAAGGCAAAAACUAGGCGUUCUUGCAAUACGUUGUGGUUUCAUUGUUAUGCUAUUUCUUUUAUUAAUGGUUUACGUGAAUGAUGUGUGUUGCUUUCUGAAUAUUGCUCUGAUCAGGGAGGGUGCGAUAUUUGACUUGAACCUAGAAUUUGUAUCAACUUUUUAAUGCAAAAGUGAAGUGAAUUCGUUUGACUGUA